ACAAUGAUAAGAGUAUUAUACCGAAAUAAAGAAAUUAUGAACCGUUUAAAAUUUACUUUAUAGGUACCCAUACCCGUAAUACAUCAGGCUCACGAAGUGUACGCUUUUUUAACCGGUGUUGUGUAAUUUAGCUUUCGACAUUUUUAAUCUAUACACUUAACAGCGGCUAUAAGUAAUAGAAUUAUAAUUUAUCAAAGUUAUUUAUUAAUGUUGUAAUUUGUAGACAAAAAAUGGAAAAGUUUUUUGCCUACCAAAAAGACAGUAGACUACCGUGCAAGUAUGGUAAAGCGUGCUUCCAAAAAAAUAAAGAGCAUUUAGACAAAUAUAAACACCCACCGACUAAAGAAGAUCUUCGUAUAAAUAAUAAGAAAAAAACAGGAAAAAAAGAUGUUAAAAAACGAUUAAGAUUAAACAGUUCACAUAGUCAAUUAGGAGAGUCUUCUAAUGUAAAUUCUAGAAAUAAUUCAUUUGGAAACAAUCAUGCAGAUUAUGAAAUGAAUGACAUGGAAGUUCCUGAACAAUCUAAUGUACCUCAUGUGAGUGAAACAAGAAAUAAUAUUUCUUCAGAUAACAUGAAUAACUCACAACAUUCUACUGAUUAUAUUGUGCCAUCAAUAAGGCAGAAUACUCAAGAAGAAGAACAUAGACAACAACCACAAUUGUUAUUGACUAGUACUGCAUUAGAUGAUUGCAGUGGUGAUGAUGGUAUUGUUCCAUGUACUCCAACAUUGUUUACACCUCGGCGUUUAGAUGGAGAAACUGUUAGUUCACCUCAUGUGCCAUCUAGUAGUCAAGUAGAAAGGUUUACAUUUGUUGGUGAAUCUCAAACAUCUCAAGUUUCUGAUUCAAAUGAUGGAGAACAGCAGAGUCUAGUUCAACAAAUUGUGAGACCACAAAAUGAAAAUAAUCCUACUUAUUGGAACAAAAAAAUUACUGAAUUAUUCCUAGUGGGAAAUAUGCCAAAAGAAUUUUACGAAUUUUGGAAUUUUUGUUCAAAAAAAUGUCCUGUUCACCCAGAAGAUGCAUUAUUACCAAUUGGAUUUAAAUUGGUUGGACCUUAUGAUGUAUUAGCUGGUCGUAUGAAUGAAUAUGAUGAAAAAGAUAUUGAAAAUACUGUCUUGCAUUGGCGUUAUUACUAUGACCCUCCAGAGUUUCAAACUAUAAUAGCAAGCACUGAUUCUGAAUUCCAUAUUGGAUAUUAUAGAGAUCAGCCAUUUGAUAUGCCAAUUUUUGUUGCUAGUAAUGAUUCAGGAAAAAAUUGCAUUAUUCAGAAAUUAAGUAAUAAUAUAUUUUAUGCUAUUAGAAAACUUGUUCAAAACAUGGUUAGUGAUGUGGCAACUGAGUUUGAAAGGUUAUUAUUUAAUUAUGAACAUCGAAAUAUAAAAAAAAAUUUGAAUAAUCGUAAAGGUUGUGUAGUUGCAAAAACAUUUCAUAAAGCUGGUAUUGUUGUUCCAUAUGAUAUUAAAACUGAUGUUGGUUAUCGACCUUUAGCGGAAACUGAAAAAACCUUACGUACUAUCUUGCAAAAUUAUCGUGAAUCUAGCGAAAGUAAAAAAAUUGAGGCUAUGGAUAAAUUACAACCAAUCAUAAAUUAUGCAAAUAUAGCAAGUGAUGAAUGUGAUUUUGGUACGGGGUUUGAAUUGGGUAUUGAUAUUUUUUGUGAUGGAAAUCCUGAACUUCAUCGUAUUUGUGAACAACUUUUAGUAACUGCUUACAACUUGCUUAAAAGACCUCAAUUUGGAACUAUAAUCAAGAGUUUGAUUUGCGUUUUAUCUUGGGUAAAUAUUUAUUAAAACAAGUGCUAAUAUUUUAAGAUGCCUACAUUAAAAUAUAACAAGAUAUAUUCGGAAACCUUAUCCAACUAUUCAUUAUGA